AUGGGGAGAGGGAAAAUAGUGAUAAGGAGGAUCGACAAUUCGACGAGCAGACAAGUGACGUUUUCGAAGCGGAGGAAUGGAUUGUUGAAGAAAGCUAAGGAGCUGGGAAUCCUGUGCGACGCGGAAGUUGGAGUCAUCAUCUUCUCCAGUACCGGCAAGCUUUUCGAUUAUUCCAGCUCCAGCAUGAAGUCAGUGAUCGAAAGAUACAAAAAAGUAAAAGAAGACCAUCAACAACCGGCUAAUCCCACUUCUGAAGUCAAGUUUUGGCAACGUGAAGCUGCAAUGCUAAGGCAACAACUCCAGAAUUUGCAGGAGAAUCAUAGGCAAAUGAUGGGGGAAGAGCUUUCUGGUCUGAGUGUCAAAGAUUUACAGAAUUUGGAGAAUCAACUCGAAAUGAGUCUCCGAGGUGUCCGUAUGCGGAAGGACCAACUUCUUGUUGAUGAGAUACAAGAACUAAAUCGGAAGGGUAAUCUUAUCCACCAAGAAAACGUGGAAUUGUAUAAGAAGGUAAACUCACUUCGUCAAGAAAAUCAGGAAUUGUAUAAAAAGGUAUAUGGAUCCAAGGAAGCAAAUGAAACUAACAAGACAGCUCUCCUCACAAAUAGUCUAAGUAUUGGAGAGGAUCCAAAUGUCCCUGUGCAUCUCCAGCUUUGUCAACCACAGCAACAAAACUACGAGAACACAGAAGGAGCACCAAAACUAGGGUAA